CGUUCUAUGAUAGAGACAGAUCCUCGCGCGCUGUAGUUGGCAGUUUCACUAGCGUCACAGUUCGUGUUAGUGGCAGUAGUGUUCAGUUUUGACGGAUUCGUGUACAGACCUUUUAUAAAGUGGUUUGAUUUAUUCUUCUGUAAAUUAAAUAAUAAAUAUAGUCGAAAGACGACAUUGUUGCUUAGGGGUAGCCAACAGAAUUGCAGGUUAUGUUCAUUGUUGACGACAGCCAAUAUUCACGAUUCAAAUUCAUUACAAUCUUCGUUUUAUUAACAAUGUUGAACGAGUGUAAUAUCGUAAUGACAUAAUUUAUUUUAAUUUUAACUCGAAUUAACAUUUUUUUUUCUACUGUCCAACUAGGUUUUUGAAACGUAGGCCACAAGAGCAAGACAGUCGCGAAACAACUGCAUUCUUCGGGGAAACAGAAUCGGUUACGCCGGACGAAUUAAAUACGCGUCUCGUGACCAAGGCCGGCUCAUUGUUCGUCAUACAAUCGCUAGUUAGCUUCGGGCUCAAAGAAUCGCAUGUCAGACGAAGAUCACAGUGCAAUAAGAGAGAAAAGUGAAGGCUGUAAUCAAAUCAAUUUGUACAAACGAACGAGUAACGGAUGGGCGGGCGUGGAAGGUGGCGCGAACAUCCGAAGCUGACAAUGAUCACAGCGCCGUGUUCGUCCGUUCUGAUACUGGCGGCAGCACUGGUCGUCAGUGGGGGGAGCCCCCCUCUCUGGGGAGUCCCUGGGCCAGUGCUCGUGUACCAACGGCCUAUGGACGCCAUGGUGGACGUCACCAAUGACUUCGGUGUGGCGGUCCUUCAGGACUACGCUUAUAUGCGCUGCAACGUCGCGUUUUCUCCGUACGGUGUGACGUCGGUGCUGGUGGUUCUGUACGAGGGGUCGCGAGGCGAGGCGGCACGACAGAUUCACAACGCGCUACGACUCCCCUGGAACAAGGACGUCACCCGCAUCGGAUUCCGAGACAUUCAUCGUCACCUACGGAGCUACUUCAGCCACGAGGGUUACCUGAGCGGACUGACGCUGAACAAGAACCACACGUCCCUCCUGCUGGAGUAUAGGCGAGUGCUCAGAUUUUACGGGUACGACGUGGGUCUGGCUUCGGGUGACAGUUUCCCCCCCACGACAACCACAUUGGCCGCCACUGAAACUAUGACGACGACGACGAAACCGAGCAAUUCGGUGACGACUUUGUCAGCUGGCGAACUGGAGACAACCACAGAGGAAGGUUUCAUUACCUCGGAUAAAACAACGCCUGAAGCUGGCUCUACUUUGGUCACAGUCAACAUCCCGAUAGAAAGUACCACUUCAAACAAACUUCCCUAUGACAAGACAAUUCCAUCAAACGAUUCUCCAGGAGAUGAACAGACAUUCACACCGUUAUCGGACCCUACGAAUCCGGCUUCACCCAUGGAAGGAGCGACCACACCAGCACAAACUGCCACUGCUCCUGCGCUGGGAGAACCUGAGGAGCCACCACUGACUGUUUCUCACGAAGAAACAGAGCAGCAAACAAAUUCAGCAGCACCGCCAAAACAGACAACCGAGUCAAUGGCACUGACCGAACAGCCGACAGAAAGAGUGACACAUUCAGAGCAAGCAACAAUCUCAGCGGUACCAACAGAACAACCAACAGGAACAAUGGGAGUGACAAAUCAACCAACAGAAACAGUGGCACAAACAGAACAACCAACAGGAACAAUGGGAGUGACAAAUCAACCAACAGAAACAGUGGCACAAACAGAACAACCAACAGGAACACUGGGAGUGACAAAUCAACCAACAGGAACAAUGGGAGUGACAGAUCAACCAACAGGAACAAUGGGAGUGACAGAUCAACCAACAGAAACAGUGGCACAAACAGAACAACCAACAGGGACAAAGGGAGUGACAGAUCAACCAACAGAGACAAUGGGAGUGACAGAUCAACCAACAGAAACAGUAGCACAGACAGAACAAUUGGAAAGAGGAGUGACACUGACUGAAGAGGAGAGAGAACCAAAGCCAGAAACCACAAGUGACAUAAACAACCACACCGCCUUUGACGAUACAGCAGGAAAGGAGACAGAACAAGUGACCUUCAGGGAAACAUACCGUGGAGACAGCACUGUCCCUUAUGAUGAGGCGCAAGUCCAAUCUGUGAGCAGGAUGAGGCGGAGCACACCCUUUCCUGUGGUGUAUAACCUGUUGAGACCAUCAAGUGAAAAUUACACAUUGGAAUCCAUCAACAGAUCAAGAAGGUCAAUAGAAGAUGCAGUGGUUGCGUUUCCUGACAUCGACCUCCAGUUGCAGGACGGGAUGUCCGACAGUCUGUCGUCUCGUGGGUAUGAGCUGCACGCGCAGCUGCCAAGGAGGCCCUUCCUUGUGAAUGGGGUAUCUGAGGAGCUCGUGCCAGUCAUGAGCUACACGGCAACAUUCCUCUACGCUUACAUACAGCGCCUGCAUGCUCAAGCACUUGAGUUUCCAUUAGACGAUGAGCGGUACAAGCUCCUGCUUCUGCUACCUGUGGCGAGACGGGGACUACGACAGCUCACGUACGACCUGACCUCCUGCCCACUCCGCGAGAUCUACCAGGCCCUUCGACCCACAAACGUGCAGGCUGUCAUACCCAGCUUCAUGGUGGAAGGUUCCAUCAUUCUUACCCCCACACUGCAGCAGCUUGGUAUCUGGGAUGUGUUCGAUCCUCACCGAGCCAACCUCUCCGGAAUGUCCGACGAUCCAGAACUGUACGUGAGAAAUAUUGAACAGUCAGUGGCCGUCGUCAUAAGGAACUACGUUAAAAUCCUGGACAUCCAAACCAGAAAAAUGGCAGCCAGAGCAACAACCGAGCAAUUUGUCAUCACACACCCCUUCCUCUACUUUGUCUUGGACACGGACACCCGCGUUGCCCUCAUGGCUGGAAAGAUAGUUAACCCACUCAAUUCCAAGAUCUACUGAAGACCAGAUUCCAGAACACCCCCUUCAAUUCUCAUGAAACUAAAAGAAAUGGUCACGAAUGACCUUGUAAUAUUAACGGACCACUGUAAACACCGUGACAUUUUUAAAUUCUGCCAGUCACUAGAAAAUUCAUCACGUUUUACAUGUGCAGUUACUGCACGGGUUCAUACGACAAUAUUGCUGGCACUCGCACAAGAGCUUCACGAUGACUUUCCGUAAAACGAUUCAAGACGUUGUUGUUCUAGGUUGUGCUGUGUAGUCUUGUAGAUGCUUACCAACACUUCACAGGAAAAUACGGCCUCCAUCUUCUGGGUACGCAGUCAUCAUCAAGAAGACCGUAGUCCACAUCUCCUACAUUCAUGAUGAAACGCUAAGUUUCCCCGUGCCAAAAUAAAACCGAGGUAAAAGGAGGCGCCGGUUUCGGGAGAACACGAGUUUUUCCGCGCCUACCACAGGAUUUGAUUCUGAUCAUUUCACUUCGAGUACAAGCGCUCUGGGUUUUUCACACUUCUGAAAUUUCCGCAAGGACGACCCGAAAUAUGAACACUUCCGUCACAAGAUUGCCCAAGGGACUCGGUGCCGAACGACUUCAAACUUCUCGACACUAAGAAAAUUAAGGGGAAGGCAAAAUAAACUGUUUUGCUGUCUAGAAUCUAUAUUUUGUGUACAGCACAAACACAAAACAGAUUUCUAUAAAACAGACGCACACCACAAAGUGUAGACACUUUUUUAUGACAGACACGUGCAUUAAUUACUUUCAGCUACUUCAUUAAUAAGAUAAAAAGUGCAUACAGAGAA